AUGGCAGGGGUGAACUCUGGGAGGUUGAAGAAAGCUCCCAAGCUUAAGGGCCAUGGUGGCAUUGUUGCAACUUCUCAAGGAAUCGACAGGAUGAGCUAUCUCCCGGACAACAUUCUGCAUCACAUUCUGUCGCUCCUCGACACGAAAUCCCUCGUUCAGACCAGCCUCCUGUCCAAGAGGUGGGGACGCGUGUGGAAAGAAGUUCCCGUCCUCAAUUUCAGCAAUGUCUGCUUCAAAUGCUCGUCGAGCUUCGAAGAACACGUAAUCAAGAUUCUGUCUCUUCGAUCCGACUCUGCAGCUGUCUCCCGCGUGAACUUCAAAGUCUGGAGUUGGAUAGACUGUCAGUACGCGUUUUCCUGCUCUACAGACCUGUUCGAUAGGGUCAUGAAGUAUGCUGCCUCCAAUGGUCAUCGUGGCAGUCUUCACCACUUGUCCAUCACCCAUUCCGGGAAUUACCUUGUAGAACUGGCUCUGGCUGCCUCCAUUAAGGCUCAUCGCCAUCACCACCAGUCUCUCAAGACCCUCAAUUUGGAAUCAUUCUCUCUGGAGUUGGAAUGUGGUUCUGGUUCUGGUGCAACACUGUUCUCUGGCUUCAAUCAGCUUACGAAUCUUGAACUGCACAACUGUUGUAUGACAUCUUCUGUGUCGAGUGUCGUCGAGCCUUUCGUCGAUCUCCCUUGUUUGAAACACCUCAGACUAGUCGAUUCCUAUGUAUCACCGCCUUGCUUGUUGAAAGUGUCUGGACCCGGGCUGCUGGACCUGCAAAUUCACAGUACGUUUGUGAGGUAUCAUAAAUUUGAAGUCUUUGCUCCAAAGCUGAAAUCCUUCUGCUUUCGGGGCGGUCUGGAGCAGCUCGUCCGGUUGAAUCUUCCUUCUCUCGGCCAUGCCAAAUUCGGAGUCCGGAUCAAGCUGCAGAAGGAGAUAAAAGAUAUCCAUGGAGCUUGUAUGAGACUGUUGCCUCAACUGCAUAAUGUUGAAUCUUUCAACUUAACCUGUUUUCUCCAGGGGUCUCCUAAUACCAUAAUAAAAUCCUUUGAGUUUCGCCGAAAUUCUAAAUAA